GACUUUAAUCAUCCUUUGUCCACAUUGAGCUCACACUUAAAAUUCCCCACUCUCUUUCUCACUGUCAUCCCUCCCCUCCCCUCCCCACUCUCUCCAUCUCUGCCAUCACCUAUUCCAGCUCUUCCUCCACUGACCUCCAGUCUCAAUUAAUUUCCCGGCGAGAAGGUUAGCCGGAGAAUGGCAUAUAUGUGUGCAGAUAGUGGAAAUCUAAUGGCAAUAGCCCAACAAGUUAUUAAGCAAAAACAACAACAAGAACAACAGCAACAACAAAGCCACCACCCCCAGCAACAAUUUCUUGGCCUAAACCCUUUUUCUUUAAAUCCUUGGCCGAGUACUACAAUGUCUGCUAACCCAAACUUGGGUUAUGGGCUCUCGGGCCCGGCUGCCUUCUCUGACCCGUUUCAGAGUGGACCAGAUACAGGUGACCCACCCGGGUUUAGUUUCUCGAAUAUGGAGCACCACCACUCGAGUGGGUUUCGCUUUCCUGAUUUUACUGGAGCUGGCGGUGAGUUUGACUCUGAUGAGUGGAUGGAUAGUUUAAUGAACGGUGGAGAUUCGACGGAUAGUUCUAAUCUUCCUUCUGGCUGUGACGCGUGGCAAAACAAUGCUGAUUUCGGCAUUUACCCGUCUGAUCCGUUUAACACCAGCCCCAGUCGACUCACUGUCGGCUGCUCUCCACCGUCCGAUCUUAACCGGGUUAUCUCUAGCUCGCUCUGGGCUGACCCAUCUCCUCCUCAAGAAAUCAAGCCCAAAACAUCGCCUCCACAACAGCCUCCGCCAACAGUAAAAAACGAAGUCGUCGUUGGGUCUAAAGCAAUAGUAGAGUUAUCUUCGUCGCCGGUUUUGAAAGCACUUGUUGAGUGUGCUCAACUUGUCGAGUCCAAAGCUGAUCAAGCUGUGAAAUCAUUGAUUAAGUUCAAGGAAUCGGUGAGUGAGAACGGUGAUCCAGGUGAGCGCGUUGGUUUCUACUUCGUUGAAGGAUUAUUCAGAAGAGUUGCUCUAGGAGAGCUUGAUGACUUGAAAAACUUUCAUCAGACAACAAGUGAAGAGUUCACUUUGUCUUACAAAGCUUUGAAUGAUGCCUGUCCUUAUUCAAAGUUUGCUCAUUUAACAGCAAAUCAAGCAAUUCUUGAAGCGACCGAGAAAGCAAGCAAGAUUCACAUAGUUGAUUUCGGUAUAGUUCAAGGAAUUCAAUGGGCUGCUCUUUUACAAGCUUUAGCUACACGUUCAGCUGGAAAACCUGUUAGAAUCCGAAUCUCAGGUAUACCUGCUCCAGUUCUUGGUAAGAACCCAGCUGCUUCUCUUUUAGCUACUGGUAAUAGGCUUCUUGAUUUUGCAAAGCUUCUUGAUUUGAAUUUUGAGUUUGAGCCUAUUCUGACUCCAAUUCAGGAGUUAAAUGAAUCUUGUUUUCGGGUUGAGCCGGAUGAGGUUUUGGCUGUCAAUUUCAUGCUUCAGCUGUAUAAUUUGUUGGGUGAGACUCCAGGAGCCGUGGAAACCGCUUUAAAGAUGGCUAAAUCGUUGAACCCGAGAAUUGUUACUCUUGGUGAAUAUGAAGUUAGCUUGAACCGGGUCGGGUACUUGACCCGGUUUAAGAACGCUUUGAGAUACUACACUGCUGUUUUUGAGUCUCUUGAUCCUAACAUGAGUAGAGACUCACAAGAGAGGCUUCAGGUUGAGAGAUUGUUGUUGGGUCGUAGAAUUUCUGGUGUUGUAGGGCCAGAGGAGUCUGGAAUUAGAAGGGAGAGGAUGGAGGAUAAGGAGCAAUGGAGGGUUUUAAUGGAAAGCUCGGGUUUCGAAUCGGUUUCGCUUAGCCAUUAUGCAAUGAGUCAGGCUAAAAUACUUUUAUGGAAUUACAAUUACAGUACUUUGUAUUCUCUUGAUGAUUCUCAACCUGGGUUCUUAACUUUAGCCUGGAAUGGGGUGCCACUACUCACAGUUUCGUCAUGGCGAUAAUCGAUGGGGCUGGACUUGAAUUUGGUACAAGUUUCCACCUGGUAAUUUUUCUCUGGUGUGGAACAAUGGUUUGGUGUGAAUUAUACGCCAUUGAAUGGUAUUGUUGGGCUGCUGCUUGAUCAGAUAAUGAACCGCUGGAAGGGUUAAUUAGUUGUAGCUUGUUAUUAUUAUUUUUUUAUUGCGAUCAUGCAUUGACAGAUCCACUGGAACCAGUAACUUGCUGUAGUCUUUCAGUUUGGUCAUUUAGAUAUAUGGGUUUUCCUUUUGUAUUCUGCUGGGUUUUUGUUAUAGGUUUUAAACUCUUGAGUCUUCACAAAUUGUAAAAAAAAAACAGGAAGGAAAUGUUUCUUUCUCUUAGGUGUAUGUAACUCUUGUGAAUAAAUUUGAAUCUUUGUUUUGAGUUA